AUGGCAUCGUCCCAUCUCAGCUCGAUUAUUGCCGGCUUGGUGCUGGUGGUCUUGCUCACCAAGUACUUGCAACGCCUAUUCUUCCAUCCCCUCAGCAAGUUUCCCGGCCCUGCAGUCGCCGCGGUUUCACACCUUUGGGAGUUUUGGCACGAUUGGAUCCAGGAUGGAACCUUCCUCGAAGGAGUAGCGGACCUGCACAAGCGUUAUAAGUCCUCGGUGGUCCGUAUCGCGCCCAAUCACCUGCACGUUAACGAUGUCGAGGUGUAUCAUCAAGUAUUCAAGGUCAAUACCAAUUUUUACAAGGCACCCUACUUCUACGAGGCCUUUGGCUUUGCCACCUCCAUUGCCACGAUCACCAAUCCUCAUCGGCACAAGCCAUUGCGGACGACGAUUGCGGGCAUGUUUACUGGAACCGCGGUGGAUGGGAUGUCGGAUGAGAUGUACGAUAUGGUCCGCAAGGCCACCGACGUCGUAGCCGCCAGGUCGAGCAAGGCCGGCAACCAGUUCAACGUCAUGCAUUUCCUGCGGUGCAUCACGACAGACGUCAGUUGCGAGCUCAUUUUUGGCGAGACGCUCGACCUGGUCAACAAUGGGUACUACUCGGAUCGGUUUUUGAGCAACUUGGACACCUUUGUGGAAAAUGUCUGGAUCAUGGUGCAUGCCCCGUGGAUUGCGCAGUUUGCCUUGAUGCUUCCCAACACCCUGACCGAUAAGAUUGUGCCGGGUUAUGCAUACUUUCGCGAGCAAUGCAUUCAAUGGAUCGACAGGGUGCGUGCCCGUCGGGCCAAGGGGAUCACGCAGAUGAGAAACGGCCGGCCGACCCUGUUCGAUGUCCUCUUGGAAGAUAACCCCGACAAGAACUACAAAGUCCCCAGCAACAGUGAUUUGAUUGAUCAGGCCUUUCUGUUUGCCAUUGCCGGCACGGAUACGACGAGUACCGCCACGACCUUUGCCAUCUUUUUCGUCCUCAGCAAUCCCCGUGUCUUGCAGCGCCUCCGCGAGGAGUUACGGGGAGCCUCCGCCAUUAUCAAGGACGAGUACAACUACCGAGAGGUGCGCAAGCUGCCGUACCUGACCGCGGUGAUCAAGGAGUCGCUGCGCAUGUCGAGCCCGUUCCCGGGACGCUUGCCUCGUGUGGUGCCCCCGGAGGGUAUGCAGCUUAACAAGAAGUUUGUUCCUGGCGGCACAAUCCUCUCGAUCAGCUCCCGGGUCAUCAUGGAUGACCCAGAGCUAUAUCCGGAACCCGAGAAGUUCCUGCCGGAACGCUGGAUGGGCGAGAAUGCGAAGAGCAUGGACCGCAAUAUGAUUGCCUUUGGUAAGGGUAGUCGGAGUUGUCUCGGCACGAAUCUGGCCUGGCUCAAAAUGUACACGAUGAUUUCGACGCUGUUUAGCCGGUGGGAUCUGCGUCUCGUCAGCCCGACAGGUCCCAAGCUUGACUACCGCGAUCAUGCCUUGAUUGAAAUGAAGUCGCAGGUGGUGGUGGAGAUUCUCAAAGACCACUGGGCCAACUAA